AUGUCUUCUAACGACGAAUACGCACCUAGGUCCCGUCGGGACCGACCUCGCCACGAUCGAGAUGGCGCCCUUCGCUCUCUAGACGACGAUGACUACACCGCAGACAGCCGUAGACCUGCCGGGCCCCCUCUGCGGCAUUCUCGCUACGAGGAUUCACCCGCGCCUCCAUAUGGCUCCGAUGGGGCACGCCGAAAGAAAGAUUUUGAUCCGAGAGACGUCGAGCCCAAGGCCGCAUAUCGAGAUCUGAAGGAUGGCUCUUCCCGCCAUCGAGACCAUGCCAGUGACACAAAGCCGAGGAAGUCUAACACCGGCGCUGCGAGAAGGCCAACCUUCGACGAAUAUGAAGACGAUGUCAAUGCUACCACACAAAGUCACAGGCGGGCUGAGGGUGGUGGUGGCGGCGUCGCAUUCGGUCGGUCCAAAGGCUACCGUGCACCUCUACCGGAAGCUGAAGCUACCAUGAGUGAUCGGGACGAUGCCAGGAAAGCCAGGCCCAGCAGAUACAGACCAGCCAAGGAUGAUUACGCUGAUUUCGAACCGGAAACGCCGCGUCGAGCGAAAAGCUACCGAGAGCCCGAUCACCAUAAUCGGGGCACAGAUGAUGUCUACGGCGACGAACCGCCCAGGUCGUCGCGCCGUUACCGCAGCCCGGAAGAUAAAUAUGCAGACCGAGAUCGAGGGUACCGAUCUGACGGUCGUGAUGCGCUCCGGCGAAGUAGUAGAAGGGACGAUGACCGGUCUGAUGACCGCAGGUAUCGCGGCGACGGAGGAGAUGGCUAUGCAUCCGACAAAGGGCACAGACGGUCUGAUCGUGAUCGAGACCGAGUCAGGCAUUCGGACAGAGACUAUCGCGACCAUGACCGGGACAAGCGAGACCGAGACCGAGACCGAGAUAGAGAUCGGCGGUAUUACGACUCCAGAGACAGAGACAGAGACAGAGACAGAUACGGCGAUCACGACCAGGAUCGCCGGAAAAAGAAGGGCUUCUCUAUCGACGACCUCGGCAAGGUUUACGAACAAGGACAGAAACAUUACAAGACUGUGGCUCCGCUGGUGAGCAGUCUGGCCAAAAUGUAUCUCGACAACAAGAAAUGA